AAAUUGUAUGCUUAUGCUAAUUCUCACAGUCUUUUUGUUUGGGUCUGUGACAGAUCUUACAAAAGAUCUUUUAGACCCAUGAUUCAUACCAAAAUUAAAGAAUUAAGUCGGAAUCAAUCUCCCACAUUGUCUCAUCUAAGAAAGGACUUGCAGACCAGCAGCCCUCCAGAUGAUGCAGUGGACACUAAUGGCCUCCUGGACCUUUGAGGAAGAUUUGAGCUGUCCGGGAAAAGCAGACAGUAUUCACUUGAUGUAUUGGAACCCACACCCAGCAUUGGGGGUGUUAAGGACAUUAAAAAAGCAGCCAAGUCUGUGCUAGACCCAGCAAAUAAAUCUCAUUUCCACCCUGUGACCCCAAGUUUAGUAUUCUUGUGCUUUAUAUUUGAUGGGUUACACAAGGCAUUGCUAAGUGUUGGUGUGAGCAAGAGGUCUAAUGUGGUUGGGAACGAGAACAAGGAAAUGGGUACUCCUUAUGCUAGCAGUUUUAAAAAUAUGCCUAAUUUUAUUGCCCUUGAGAAGUCAUCAGCUCUCUGCCACUGCUGUGGCCUUUUGAUAGGCAUUGUCGCCGGAUCAAGUGUUAAGAUUGGAACCAGCAGUCUCCAAGUUCAGAGACGAUUCAAGGCAAUGAUGGCAUCUAUUGGAAAACUUUCACAUGGUGAGAGUACUGAUCUGCUGAUCAGCUACAAUGCAGGAUCAGCCAUAGGUUGGAUCAGCUCAAGACCAUGGGUUGGAGAAUUAAUGUUGACAUUUCUGUUUGGAGAAUUUGAAUUCCCUGAAUGCAAGCUACUUGGUCAAGUCAAGCUAGUUGCUAAGAAAGCACAGAUGACAACCUGUUAUGCUGUGAGAAUGUUUCUAGAUCAGUGCAUGGAUGGCUCCACUGCUCUACCUGCCAUUGUGUCUGAGAUCCCAGUCUUUGAGGAGAAAAAAACAACGGUUAAAAAGGCACUGGGGAAGUAUUUUGAGUUUGGGAGUUUACUUGCCUCACCAUGAAUGUUCCCAAACUUAGCAACAGCAGCAAACUACUGGGCCAAGAGAAGCAACCCCACAUUUUCAAGAUUUAAAGCUCCUGGUGUUAUACCAGGAUUAGUCAUCACACUCCCUUUGCUUCAAAUAACAUCCACAUGUAAGAUCUCAAAGGGGAGCAUUGGUGGAAUCAUGGAUCCAUGCACUCAGGAAAAAAAAAAAAAAAAAAAAAAAAAAAAAAAAAAAAAAAAAAAAAAAAAAAAAUGCUGGGUGCGGCGGCUC